AUGGUCUCACAAAUAUUCAGAAUAAUCCUCCUCAUACUGAUAACGCCAGUGAUAGCCAAGAAAGUAAAGCUAGGUCCACACUGGGACCACCGCGAGCGCACGACCUGCGACGAGUUCGGUCGGUACGCGCGCUUCAAUCCUUACGCGAUGACCAACGAGUCCUGGUUCGUGUUCUACUACUGGGCCCCGCAGCCGAGCUCCUUCUAUUUCCAUUUUGACUUGCCCACGAAGAAAAACUACACCUACCUCCACAAAAACCUGGACAACCGUGUGACUAUUCCCGUCAACUGGACGGCUAAACACGUCAUGCUUAGAAUAAAGGCGGAACUAUCACUACUAGUGGAACUAGGAGACAGAGGACAGUACUUGAUGUAUAACGUGAAGACGGCUCUGGGUCUGCAUAAGGCAGGUAAACAACUGACGCCAUUGGAGGUACGCAUGAAACAGACGGGAGAUAACAAGAUCGUUGGUAUGAUGGUUUGCAAGAAAGACAUAGUAUUUGCCAUGGCGCGGCUAAAAGAAUUGCCUCGCAAGAAUGAGCUUCAAGAUGCAGCAGGACGCCUCAACUACCGGAGCCGCGGCGGCAAAUCCUAUCUCUACCAAGGUCACCACUGGAUGCCUAUACCCGAACAGGACGAAAUGGCUUACUGGGGUCCACGAGCUGAAUACUUCACAUCUGAGACGGUUUGGUGA